AAGACACUCCUCGGUGUUUGGGAUCUUCACUGUGAUGGCGCACACUCACUCAUUAGGGCCCACGGUGUCCAGUCUGACAGUGUUUGCUGCCCCCUGCAGUCCACAAACAGCGCUGCAUCUGUCACCGGAUAUGACGUAGGCGCGUGACCUUCCCACGGGCUCGCGGAUGUCACGUCUCGUGCGUGCCCUGCUGGGGCUGGAUGAAUGGAGAAGUUUCAACUGAACCAGUUGAAAAUGCGGAUAGUUCUCGUCUCCUGACCGACAUCUUUGCACAGCAGGCUCUGCCCAAACAAACAGGGAACAAUGGUGAAGUAUUUCUGCUGUGCAGAUCUGCUCAAAGGCACCUGGGACCAAGUGUGUACUGCGUUUUGGCAGCGCUACCCAAACCCUUACAGUAACCAUGUGUUGACUGAAGACAUUAUUUUUCGAGAGGUCACUCCAUCCAACUGCCUUAUUUCCAGACGUCUUCUGACCAAAACUAGCCGAGCACCUCGAUGGAUGGAGCGGUACCUUCCCAAGAAAAUGUCUAGUUUAGCUUAUAUUAUAGAGGACUCCAUCGUGGACCCUCAGAAACGGACCAUGACGACGCUAACGUGGAACAUCACUCACGCUCGCCUCAUGUCUGUGGAAGAGCGGUGCGAGUAUGGAAUAAACCCUGAGAAUGGCAGCUGGACGCAGAUAAAGAGAGAAGCUUGGAUCUCGUCCAAUGUUUUUGGUCUCUCGAGAGCUAUUCAGGAAUUUGGGCUGGCAAGAUUCAAAACCAGUGUUACAAAAACAAUGAAAGGUUUUGAUUAUGUGCUGGCCAAAAUGCAAGGUGAAACGCCCUCAAGAACUUUGGCAGCAACCGCGACAGAGAGAGCGAGGGAGACGGCCCUGGCAGCUAAAGAAAAGGCCAAAGGACUGGCCUCACACGCUCAGAAGAAACAAUACGUUUGAGCUCCAGGAUGACUGAAGGAGGCGGUGCUGGCAGAUUUGCUCUAAUCCGUCUUUAUAAUUGAAGACACAUUUGUCCUGUCUCAAGCAGACUGCUGUACAAAAGCCUCUGAAAUAAAGGUCUCUGAGCUGUAAACGGCCAAUUCACUGAAACCAUCUCAGUAUUUUAGUGAUGAGGAUCUUGCUGUGCAGCAGCUGAAGGCGACUGUCAGUCCCAUAAUGUAAUUAAAGCCGCUGGCAUCAACUGUUCCUCAAACCUUUGCCUCUGUUGUGCCCGUCAAAUUCACUCAUCCUAGAUUUUGACCCACAGCUGCAGUACACUGAGGCUUAAAGUUUGAUUUAUAUAAAUCCAUUGAUUAAUUGUCCUCAAACGUAAUAACUGAAUAAUCAUUAUCUGGACACAGACUGAUUCAAAGUGUGCCUCGAGAUGAUUUUCAUGACAGAUGCAUAACAAUGACACAGGAAAUGUAUAUUUAUUUUUUUGAUGAAAACCAAUAUUGUCUAAGUGUAACACUUCAGCUUGAUCUGAGUCAUUAAACGAUUCUCCUUCAGUUUCAUGAUCUAAGAACUUAAUAUGUCAGAUUUAUUGCUUGAUUCAAAAUUAUGAGUUGCAGCUCUGCAGUACAGCAUGAUAAUGUCAGAUCAUAAAAGUACAAAUAACUGAAGUGUUUUAUAAGGUGAGUAAUAAACUUGAGACUUUGUUUUGUUGAUGGAACAAAGGGUCCAGUGUCGACUGCACUUCAGAAGAACGAUUCUGAUGGGUAUAAAUCGAUGCCCUAUUUUAUACGCCUAACUUUGAUUUUGAGAUUCACAAAAUGUAUCGGCUAAUCAAUAAAACAUUUUUGUUGAU